AUGGCGGCGAACACGGAGAAAAACGGAAAAUCAGGGAAACCUGAAGGAAAGGAGGUUCAGCCUUUGAUCAUCGCCAAAACCCCCGCAGAGGAGCAACGUUUAAAGUUGGAGAGGUUGAUGCGCAAUCCGGACAAACCUGCUGCGAUCCCGGACCGACCGAAAGAGUGGAACCCGCGGGCCCCUCCGGAGUUUGUCCGGGAUGUCAUGGGCUCCAGCGCCGGCGCCGGCAGUGGAGAGUUUCACGUAUACCGGCAUCUUCGGCGCAGAGAGUACCAGAGACAGGACUUCUUGGAUAAGAUAUCAGACAAGCUGAAAAAGGACCAGGAAUACCUCGACAAAGUGGAGGAAAACAAACAGGCGGCCGAAGAGAGGACAGCGAAGCGCAGAAAGAAGAGGGAGAGGAUGAGGCAGAAAAAAGUCAUGGCAAAGAAAGCAAAGCAGGACACUGACCAGAAAGGAGAAGAUGGGGAGACGUUGGACAGCAGCGAACACGACGACGAAGAGGAGAGAGAGGCCGAUGAUGAUGCCGAGGCACCGAGCUUCAUCAUGGGGAGAAAAUGACACUUUUGCCCGCUGCUUUUACAAAGACUAACUAGUUUUAAUAGGCAAGUACAAAAACCCGGCUGUGUGUUCUGAGGAAAAUGAGAUCAAUACAUGCGAUUUAAUAGAUAAUGCAGAUAAACCCUUUUUGUAAGCUGCAGGGGUCACCCUCUUGAAUCUUAGUGAGUUUGCAAACAUGUUUAGGCUCCAGGUUUUGCUCAAUCUGAGCAUGAAGACCAUCAAUUACCAAUAUUCCAACUGAUAAAUCUGACAGUUUUUAUUUUAAUCGUAUUUUGUAAAUGUUUUAAUAAACGUGAAAAUGUCUGAAUUUGCAAAAGUACUUUAUAUUGCUGAAGUCAUUUUUCAGUCAAUAUCUGAUUAUAAGUGCAAAGGCAAUAUUAACUAAAGCCGAUUUCAAAUGCAUUUGAGCGCAUUGAGUAUGUAUGCCAUUGUGGUCUUGUCAAUCAUUGCAACUUUGUGAAGAUGCCCCUUGCAGAGAGGAUUGCUUGUGUGGCACAACAAAAUUGCAGAUAGAAACACAAGGAAUGAAAAGGCGUGACUCCUGGAGGUCCAAGGGUUUGUCGUGCGAUGUUCCUUGAACAAAUCCUCAAGGAGAAACGCCUGCUUUCCACGGUGGUGAUGGCCUCCUGUUACCAUCACCUUUCUUGAAGCAGGUAGAGUAUUGCCUGGCAGCUAGAUAUUGUUUGGGACAGGAAAAGCUCUUCCCUGCCAAACACUUGAAACUGCCACAGUCCUAAUUAUUUUUCAAAUAUGUAAAUGCUAAAAAUGAAAAUUUUAUUAAACAAGA